AAAGAAAACAGUAAAAGCAGCAAAAGUUAAAAAUGUAAAUUAAUUACAAAAUAUGAAUAGAAGGAUAAAAUUAUAGAUAUAAAAAUGUGAAAUAAAAUUAGUGUAGUGCUUACAAGUUAAAAAUUAUAAGAAAUGUUUACGAAAAAGCCUCAAACAUCAGAAAUCAUUAAAAAGUCAACACAGAAAGUCCAGGAUCAGAAAAAAGAAGUAUUUUCACGAUUAAAACACAUUAAAACGAUUAUUGAUCAUGUGGAUAGCGAUGAAGCAAAAUCAUUUUUUGAGGCCAAUUAUAGUCAUAUCUUUUACAUAUUACACGAGACCUUUGUGCAAGCCGAAACUAAUUUAAAGCAACGAGAAUUAUCAUUCCACCUUGUUCACAAGGCACAUCGAGAGGAAUUAGAUGGUUCAAUAUGGUUACUCGGAAAAGUAAUUCACUUACUGCCGGAACUAAUUGCGAAACGAUGGCAAUGUCACUCAACGAGUCGAAUUUUGAUGAAAUUACUUCAUCAUGGAAACAGCACAAAAUUAAGGAAAGAAGGCGUUCGAUAUUUUCUAAUGUGGUAUCAAGCUCUAGGAAUAUCGGAGCAUGGUGCACCAGAGGAAGCACAUACGAUGUUUAAUGAGCUAGUUCCAGGUCUAACAAUUCCUCAAAAGAACAAACUAGGUCCACAGACUGUGUCACCAACAAGUGAAGUUCCAAUUAAAGAGACAUUACAUGACUUGUCUAAUCAUCCAAAUUUCCGUAGUAUUGAAACUGGACAGUCAGUAUUUCAUGAUCAGCCAAUGAAAGCACCAGAUAUAACGCCAUUAAUUCUUCCAGCAUCAAAUGAACGAACUGUAACACCAGACCCUAAAGAUGGACUUGAAAUUUUACUUGAAUCUAUGGUUCAAUCAACUGGAUGUCUAAAAUGGAGUGAUAAUAACAUCCAGCGACAUUUCAAAGGCUUCCAUUUCCUUCUUGAACGCUUUCGUGAAGUCUAUUUACCCGUUUUUUGUCCAAAUUUUGACAAUUCAGCAUCAAUAUAUGAACCAAAAAUGGAUCUACCUUAUAUGAGGACAAUAUCUAAGCGGGAAGAACUAAUGAGUCCAUGUGUCGUAGUAUUAAUUAAUUGGAUCUCAAAGCACACCAAUGAUCGUCAUAUGCUGAAUAAAUUGGAACAUCAUCACAUCAUUUUUGACGAUAUUCCGGAUCAAGCAAGUUUGGUAUCAAAUUUAAGGCAUAUUGGCUAUACACAGGCACAAAUUGUUAAGGAUGUACUCUAUUCUAAUCGAGAUACAGUUAAUUUUGUUAAUGAAGUUUAUCGUCAAGCAUUUUUAUUAAGUUUCUCAUCCAGAAGCUGCAUUGAUGCUAUGAAAAUAUCAAUUAGUACUUAUCGUGAAUGGAUGAGUUCAACCACACCACCGCCGUUUCUGUUAGAAAAUGAAUCAGACAGUGCAAAUUCAUCACUAGAAUCAAGCUCAAGUCGAAGUCAGAGAUUAAGGGCAGACUCAUAUAUUGGUGCAAUAUCUAAAGAUAAUUUAUCUAUACGUGCUGGGAUGCAAAAUGUCCUUCAAGUAUUUGUGACUAAUGCUGUUAAUGUAUUUAUGGUCUCGACAUCACAUUUAAAUGCAUAUUUACCAUCCAAAUCCAAAGAAGAAGCUACAACACCACUGGAUGAACAAACUGAGAUUUGUAAGCGGGUCCUGAACAUUUAUAGAACAAUGGUAAUGAAAACAAAAAUGGAAGGAAAGACUUGGGAACAACUUUUAAUGGUUUUACUGCAAAUUACAUCCGUUAUACUAGCUCAAGCACCACCAAAUGCUAAAAGAAACAAUCUCGGUGGAAGAUUAGCACAGCCAAUCUUUCAGACAUUAAUUGUCACUUGGAUUCGAGCUCAUACAAAUGUUAAUGUUCAUUCAUCAAUGUGGGAUAAAUUCCUUAAAGUAUUAUCGUCUUUAACUCACCGUGAGGAACUGAUUGUUGAAUGGGAUAAGACAAUGCAGACAUUAACACGUGUCCUCGCUCGUCAAGUAUAUAAUUUAAAUCUACAAGAUUUGCCACUUGAUCGACUUGCUGAACAGAAAGGAAAGAGACGUAGAAUUGGAGUGACGUCAUCGACAAAUGUAUGGCAAAAUUCGCAAGCAAGUACGGAGAAUCAACAAACGACACCAACAACAAAUUCAAUGAUCAAUAAACGUGAUGAGAAUCAAGAGCCAAGAACAACACAGCCAAUUUUGAGGCAUAUUGCAGGCACACCAAUGUUAAAUAGAAGCUAUAGUGAAGGAAGUCUGGCAACGACUUAUCGAAAAUCUAGGGCUCGUCGUCGCAUGAAAGUGAAUCAGGUUCAAGAACUUCCAGUGAGCAUUGAGCAGACGUUAUCCAAAAUGAACAAUUUAUCACAACAAAUGAGCGUGAGCAUGGAAACAUUAAAUAUAUCAAAAUUAUCAAAUUGUGGAGAUCAAAAUACGCUACGAAGAGCAUUAUCAUUAGAUUCAAUAAGACAAAAAGGUGAUGACAAUGAAAGUUAUCGAGAAUCUCGGUCGCCAUCUCCAACAGCAUCAUCAGGUUUAGAUGGAAAUUCAAUUAAAGAUUCACCACAUGCAUUAGACGCAAUUGCAAGUGGCGGUGAUUCAAGCUCUCUUGAGACACAUGAUGAGAAUUUAGAUAGAAAAUCAAUAUUAACUGGUGGAACAUGUAAAGGUUGGUUUUCAGAUGUUGCUUGUAUUAUGUGGAGAAGAAUGUUGGGUGCUCUCGGUGAUGUUAAUAAGAUUUUAAAUCCUAAGCUACAUGCUGAAGUUUUUCGUUAUCUGGUUAAUAUUACGGAAAGUUUAAUUAAAAUCAAAUUAAAUCAAGGAAUAUCCAGUGAUAAUCAAAGUACACCAAAUCCACCGUCAUUAGUUCCACCUGUUGCAAUUGUGUUGCCUUGGUGCUAUGGAGCUUUAACACUAGAUCCACAAUAUCAAUUAGGAAAAGUUUAUGCAAUGCAAUUAAUUUGUAUGAUUGCAAGAAAUUCAUGCUUAACGGGUGAUCAAUUGCCACUAUUUUAUCAUGCAUUACAUAAAGCAUUAACUGGUGAGAAUCGACAAAUGGCAGCAACAGCUUUAAAAUAUUUAGGAGGUUCGAGGUUUUUAAGUCUUUUGAUGCCUGGUCAUUCACUGCUCUAUUUAGAUUUAACUCAUGCCUGUACAAUGGUUUUAACCUCACUAGAUGUUAAAGGUCCACGUGCUGAGGCGAUAAGCUUACUUGGAUCUUUACUUUGUUUCCCAAAAACAUCACUUCCGGGGCCUGUUUUACAGCCAUCAGAACCUCAUAUUGACUUAAUGGAAUGUCCUGAUUUACAGGAACAUGUUCUUAACAUUGUUCUACGAUGUGCACGACGAGAACCGACAGCAAAAGCUCGCUCGAUUGCAAUAACAUCACUUGGACAGUGGAUCAUACAGAAUUUGACAAAUCCAGGACUAGAAAAUAAUAAUAAUAAUGCAGGCAAAAAGGUCAGCAUAUCCACUAAAGUUACAAAAACAAAUCCACGUCUAUUUGAAGCAUUUCAAGUGAUUCUACAAGCUUUACAGUUUAAACAUCGAGUGAUUUCAAGAAUAGCAUGUGAAACUUUAAGGUUAGUUUCAGAAAAAGGAACCGAACUAGCAAGAAUCGGAAAGCUCUCAGGAUUAAUAAUUGAAGCUCUUUGUUACUCAUUAGAAAUUCAAAACAUUCCAAAUCCAAAAGAAUGUGAUAAAAACGUGUUAACGUCAAUGUUAUUGUGCCUUGGUGAAUUGUGUAUGGCAUUUCCAGUAUAUAUUUUAAUGGAGCAAGCGAGCGACGAACAAGAGCCAUUAUUGGCUAUGAUCUUUCGAGUUUUACAUCGAAUUUCAACGGAUAAGCAUACAAGUGACAAGAUGAUGUAUAAGAUUGAUGAUGAUUUCGAUAUGUCAAUAACAAUUGAUGACGUGAGAGAACAAUGUAAUACGGAAGCAAAUUAUCAAACUCAGGAGACAAUUCAACAGUGUAAAAAUUCUAUACAAUUAUGUGCUAAAACUGUUGCUAUGCAUUUAGUAACGAAUAUAUCACAUUUCCCGCUUGGAAUUGGUGCUACACGUCUUAGUUCUCUUGUUGAUGAGCAUGAUGAUAUAAUUAAUGGAGCUAAAGAUAUACAGCGUGACAGUAGUAUUGAAAUGUAUGCCUCACAAGUAAUCACAGCACCAAAUAUGCAAGUUUUAAUGCUCAGUUCUGAACUUGUUGCUUCAUUUAUUGAACUUCCGACACUCAAAUUGGCAUCAGCGAAUGGUUUAAUUACAGCCAAUAAGCAAGUUAGGAUGAUUAUGAGAGAUUUGAAUGGAAAGGCAUGCUGGGAUGCAUCACUUAUCUUUUGUGAGCCAAGAAUUUAUACAGAAGAAAGUGAUGAAGUUGACUUUGAUGCCUCACGAUCAAAAUUCUAUAGUAUUAGGAACAAUGUUGGUAUUUCAUUAGACCCAAUGAUAUCCACAGUCGGACUUUUACAGCCAAGACACACAUUGAGGCAUAGACCAGCUCACCAGCUUCCAAUUUUCAAAGAUAUGGCUCCAGACUUGGAUCAACUUGAUGAUUUACUUCAAUUUAUUGGACAUUCUAGUCCUGAAUGUCUUGAAGCAUGUAAUCAAUCUUUAAAUGUCUCUGGACCGUCGCCACUCGGUGCUAAUCUUGAAGCUCAAACAAUUGCAAUAUUAUUAAAUCAACGAGCAAUGGAAUCAGACUAUGUGUCUAGGAAAAAUCAAUCAAUAGACUUGUCAAGCACUACAAGUGAUUUUUAUAACAGCAGUAGUCUUGAUUUUGCAUCAAUUGGUGAUGACAUCACGAUUAGAUCAACAAGUACAAGUGUAAGAAAUGAACAGCGUUAUGAGUCAACAAAAACAAAGAAUGAGCCUCAAAUAUUUCAUUUUGGACGUCUUUUAUUUAAUCAAUUUGGACUGUCUGGAUGGGAGCGAAGAAAACGAACGUAUUUGCUUAAUAGAACAGAUAAAUUAUUGAGGGAAUUGAGGAAUUUAGACGCACAAAAAUGUAGAGAAACUCACAAAAUGGCAGUUAUUUAUGUGGCUAGUGGGCAGGAAGAUAAGAACAGCAUUUUAAGAAACUCGUCAGGAAGCAGCACAUAUGAAAUGUUUGUGUCAGCAUUAGGUUGGGAAGUAGAAUUAGAAACACAUCAUGGAUUUUUGGGUGGUUUACCGAGACAAGGUUGCGGACAGACAGCUCCUUAUUAUGCAACCCCAUUCUUGGAAGUUAUUUUUCACGUUUCAACACGCAUUCCUUCCGAUACGCAUGAAGCAAUUUUAAAUAAAACAAGGCAUUUAGGAAAUGAUGAAGUACACAUUGUCUGGAGUGAACAUAAUAGGGAUUAUAGACGUGAUAUAUUGCCAACAGAGUUUUGUGACGUCUUAAUUGUGAUUUAUCCACUAAAGAGUGGCUUGUUUAGAGUGUCAGUUAAUAGAAAGCCUGAUGUACCUUGGUUUGGACCGAUAUGUGAUGAAAUGGUUGUUAGUGGAACGAAUUUAGCCAAUUUAGUGAGAUCAUCAGCGAUUAAUGCGAGUCGUGCAAAGAGAUAUGCAAUGCCUUUCUACCAGCAAUUCUACGAGGAACGAAAUCGAUCACUAGAAACUGUUGCGUCGCGUCACAAAGAAAGCAAAACGUUUGAAGAAUUCAUGACAAAGAUUUACAGUCCAGUAAUGAGCAGUCAUAGCAGCGUGUCAAUACAAUCAGGAACGAUUACUGCUGCAGCAUUGAUAGAUCAUCAUCAUCAGCAACACAGUAGAAAUUCCGUUAAAAAUAGUUCUAAUUGGCUACAUCACCAUAUUACGCAACGACAACAGUCAGACUUGUCUGAAUCACCAAGCAUGUUGCGUAAAUUGCCUUUUUGUCAUAAUCUACCAAAAAAAUCAUCAUCAUCCACGACGAUUCCACUAUCUCCGACAACAUUAACUGGACGAAGAAUUAAAUAAGGAGAUGGGUUGAGAUUUCUAUUUGAAAGAAAAAGUAUUCUUGUUGAGCAUUUUUAUACACAAUAUUAUAUUUUUUUAUAUUGAGCUUUUGCAAGUUUUUGCUUGGAACCAAAAUGCAUUUUUUUUCACACCUAAAUUUGCUUUAUUGCUGCAUAUUUUCUUAUGAUUUUUUGAAUAUUUAAUAUUUAUUAAUUUAAAUAAUCAGGAAGUAAUUUAUAGCAAUUCUAUUAGUUUGUGCUUGUGAGUGAAUUUACUUAAUUCUAUUUUGUUUUGAAAGAAGCUUAAAAGUUUAAAUUUAACCGGCUUUUAAAGAUUUGAAUUUGAACCGUAUCGAAAGUUUGAACUUAAACCGGUUGAAAAUUGAAAUCUUCAAAAACCGUUAAAAUUCAAAUUCAAGAAAUCCGUUGGAAAUUCUAAUAACCUUAAUUCAUCACCAAUCAAGCAACUCACGCGUAAUAAUAUAUGAUUUAUUAAUGCAAGAAUUUAAUCAUUUACUAAAUAUUAAUUUCAUGUUAAUAUUAUUAACGUACUUUAUUGAAGAUCAACGAAAAACUGUUGGAAAUUAGAAAAGAAAAGCAUAAUUAACAAUUUGUUAUUAAUCUUAUUAAUUUAUAAAUUAUCAUAUUUUAUUCUUCGUUUUCUUUGCAUUAAUUAAUUGCUUUAACUUAAUAUAUGAUUGCCGAAAAUAAUAAUAAUUAUGCAUAUUACUUAUAAUGAAAAAGUAUUUUGAUAAUCAUUGCACUUAAAAACUUUACGUCCACAUAUAAUUUUAUAAGAUAAAAUAUUUAAUUUUAGCAGAACUUUAUGAUUAAAUUUGUUCUCUUAUUUGUUUGUUUCUCCUUAUUUAAAAUACUUCAGUAUUAAGAUAAAUUAACUUAUUUAAAAAUUAUUUGCUCUUUUCAAUUUGUUAAUUUGAAAAAUAAUAAAAAAAUAUUCUUAAAUAAUUUAUUGGCAUUUUGAGGGUUUGGUCUUUAUUAU